AUGUCCGGUGUACUACGAAGCGUGAAGAAUGUUACCAAAGGAUACUCCUCCGUGCAGGUGAAGGUGCGAAAUGCCACCAGUAACGAUCCAUGGGGGCCUACCGGCACAGAUAUGGCAGACAUUGCCCGAAUCACAUACAACAGCUCGACCGACUUCUACGAGGUAAUGGACAUGCUCGACAAACGACUCAAUGACAAAGGAAAGAACUGGAGGCAUGUGUUGAAGAGUUUGAAAGUGCUGGAUUACUGUCUUCAUGAAGGCUCGGAAUUGGUCGUGACAUGGGCGCGGAAGAAUAUCUACAUCAUCAAGACACUGCGCGAGUUCAUCCACAUUGACGAAGACGGCCGGGAUGUCGGAGCGAGCAUCCGCGCAUCCGCCAAAGAGCUGACUUCUCUAAUCCUGGACGAAGAGCGACUGCGUUCUGAAAGACAAAAUCGCGGUUCCUGGAAGUCGCGUGUUACGGGAUUGGAAGACUUUGGACUUGGCGGAGAACCAACACCGCACCAGCGAAGGCAGCAGCGUCAACGACCGCCGAAUGACGAUGACGAUCUCGAAUAUAAACUUGCGCUUGAGGCCUCGAAGCACCAAGCGGAGGAAGAUGCUGCGAGAAGAGGAAAGGGCCAGCCAGUGGAUACUGAUGAUGAUUUGGCAAAGGCAUUGAAGCUGAGCAAAGAAGAGGAAGAAUUGAGGCAGCGUCAAUUGGCGGAUGCGCAGCAAGAAGAUCUGCUGUUUGACGAUACUCCAGGCCAAGCGCCACAGCCAACCGGUUUCAACCAAGGCUACCAGCAACAGGCUGCUGUGGACUGGUUUGGUAACCCCAUCCAGCAACCUCAGCAGACUGGAUAUUUGAACAAUGCUUACAGUCAGCCGACCGGAAUGCAGCCACAGCAGACCGCUUUUCAGAAUGGAUUUGGCUAUCAACAACCACAGCAGACUGGUUGGGAACAGAUGCAGCAACCACAACAGCAAUUCAUUCAGCCACAAACCACAUACAAUCCAUGGGCGAACCAGAUGAAUGGCUUUGGCCAACAACAACAGCAGCAGCCGGUGCAAGAGCAACCCACUGCUCAGCCUGGAUCGAACAACCCAUGGGCAUCGAACAAUGCGACUCAGUCGCCCAUCGGUGUUCAGCCAACAGGAUCGAACAACCCAUUUGCGUCCCAAGCCCCGCAACGUCAAACAUCCUCGCCUUUUAGACAACCGACUCUUGACACGCUACGCGAACAGCAAGCGACGCAGCAAUUUCAGUCACGACCGAACCCGAUCCAAAACUUCACAGCGCCACAGCCUACCGCCUCCCCGAUCCAGCCACAACAAACGCAACGACCACCCCAAGACCCGUACCAGGCCAAGCUUAACUCGCUGCUGGCUACUGGCGAUGGGCAGGACACAUUCGGAAAUGUUGGCGAUCUGCGUAUUCCUUCCCAGCACACUGCACCUGGCACUUUCGUAAACAGCGCUGGUGCAGGAUCAAUGGGCAGACUGGAGGCUGCGAAGACCGGCAACAACCCAUUCUUCAGCCAGGCGCCACAACAGCAAUUCCCAGCACAGACUGGUCCUGCGGGUGGCUUUGGCGGCAAUAACCCAUUUGGAGCGAGACCGCCGCAGCAGAACCCGAACCAAGGCAGUUUGAUCGAUUUUUAA